AUGACUUAGGUUACCUAAGACCCACGUUAAUAAUAUUUGGACAAAGCUUAAGAUAUAAAUUAAGAGCAAAUCUAAUAGCAGAGACAACUAAUCACAAUAAUAAGUGUUAAUGAUAAAGAUGCCAGAGACAUAAUUUACUAUUUGUAGGAUCGAUAGAGCAUUGAUUUAUCAAAAGUUUCUAAUUGGAAAAAAUUCAAAAACUUUUUAUGGGGUUUACCUAAAGUUUCUAACCCGAAUUCAUCUUUUCGAAUAUUUUGGGAAUUGAUAAGUAUGAUUUUCAUAUUCAUACAAAUGAUCCAAAUACCUUUAGUUUUAACAUAUUCAGUAGAACUAAGCGAAGGAUUUUUAGCUUUUAAUUAAUUUAUGGAUGUAUUCUUUUAUAUUGAUAUGAUAUUGAAUUUUAAAUUAGCAUAUUAUCAUAGAGGAGAAAUCAUUUUUGAUAGGAAACUGAUUGCAAUUAAUUAUUUGAAAUUAUGGUUUUGGUUAGAUUUCUUAGCCGUCCUGCCAUACGAUUAAAUGUUUAGUGUAGAGGAUUCUCAAACUUAAUUAUUUAAAAUAGUAAGAUUGUUCAAAUUCAUAAAAAUAAUAAGACUAUUAAGAGUUUUAAAAAUCAGUAAAAUAUUGCAAAAGCUGGAAGAGUCAUUUACAUUAGCAUAAACCUUUCAGGCAAUGAUUUAAUUUUUAAAGAUUGCAUGUAUGAUUUUGAGUAUAGCUCAUUGGAUAGCUUGCAUUUGGAAUAUCAUAGAAUAUACAGACGAGUAAGUUAGUAUUACAUGGAUGUAAAAAUACGGGAUAGCAGAUGCAGAUUGGGGAAUCAAAUACAUCUCAGCAUUCUAUUUUAGUGUAACAACAAUGAUUACAGUUGGAUAUGGAGAUAUCAAUGCAAAUACACAAACAGAAAUGAUAUUUGCAGUUUUCGCUAUGGUUUUGGCUUCAGCUAUUUUCGGUUACAGUAUGUCCAGUUUCAUGCAAAUUAUAGAGGGGGAAGAUGAGAAGAUUUAAUAAUAGCGAAUUUAGAAUUCUAAGAUUGUGAGAUAUAUCAGAUAAAAAAGUAUACCAAAAGAAUUGUAGAGUAGAGUAAAAAACUAUUUGGAAUGGCUGGCUGGUUCUGCUUAAAUUGCAAGAAAUUAUGAGUAAUAUGUAUUAAAGAGUUUAUCUGCAAAUCUUAAAACUGAAAUUGUUUGUUUAUUGAAUGGAAGAAUACUACAUAAAGUUUAAUUAUUUAGCAAAGAGUUUACUCCGUAAUUAAUCAAUAAACUUGUUUACGUUUUAAACGAAUAAAUCUUGGGACCAGAAGAAUAUGUUUUUAAAGAGAAUUCCUUAGAUAACGACAAAGUAUAUUUUAUUCAAAAUGGAUAAAUUAAUAUUUGUCUUACUUAAAGGGAAACCCUUGUUAAAACACUAUAGAAAGGAGAAUAUUUUGGGGAAAUUGGAUUCUUUGGUAGAAAGCCAAGAAAUGCUUCUGCAAAAACUGUAGAUUUUGUAAAUGUUAUGAGCUUAAAAAGAUCAGAUUUAUGGGAAGCUGCUAAACCUCUUGAAAGUGAUUUAUUAAAAUUAUACUUUAUGAAGGACUGCUUAGAAGUUGAGAAUAAUUUUAAACCAUUAAAGCUGAGAUGUUACAUAUGUGAUCGACCUCAUCACAUAGCAAGAAAUUGCACUGUUUUUCAUUACAGAGCCAGUCGAAAAAAUAUUAUAUUUGAAUACUUCAGUCAUUAAAAUAGUAGAAUGAGAUUAUUUUAAAGAAAGUCUAAACGAGAAAAAAUAAAUAUCAAUUAAAUUUAAGAGUAAAUUCAAAAAUAUUAAAUCAAUCAAAAUCGAAAUGAAAAAUAAUAAAAAAACAUAACAAAUAAUUAUAUUAUCGAAGAUGUUAAAAUUGCUUGUGAUAUUGAUCAUUUGAAAGAAUACUCUGAUUUUUAUAACGAAUUCAAUAUAACUAAUGUUGCAUAAAAUAUCAACUUUUAUGCAAAUUUUAUACUACUCUAAAUGGAGGAAGAAAAAAAAAAAUUAAAAGCAUAAUUGAGAUAAAACUAAAAAAGAUUAAAAAAUCAAACCUUAGCUCCAAGAUAAUCAAAAAUUACUUUAGGAAAUCUUGAAAAUCUCAUAAAUUUAUAAGAUAACUACUUAUCUUUAUCAUCUAAAAGCUCAAUGAAUUGUAUUGAAAGAUCAAAAAAUAAAUCAAAAAGACUCCUCGAUUUGCAAUCUCAAAAGCAGUAAUGGAUUUAUUUAUUUUAGUAUGACAAGAAGAUCUUUCACAAAUAGCAUCCCAAAAUAUUUUGA